AUGGGAGAGGAGCUACCAACGCUCUAUUAUAAAGCCUUUUAUGGACAAGGAGAACCAUACGACAAUAAUAUCGAUGUCGUCAACCUCACCCGCAACAUCAAGGCUACCACCAACUGUUUGAAAUUUGAUAAUGGAAACUGUUUGGAAAGUCACAACAGCAUUUUGCUAUCCGGUAUUCGUUAUGAUACAACAUAUGGCAUUAUUUUUUGUGCCAUCAAAAAUAUUACGAACAGAGCGUUUCCCGAUUUACUUGGAAACAACACUUCUAAACCGAAAGGAAACAGAAUUUACGUUAGUUCGGCAUUAGACGAGACGCAAGGGUCGUCUACCAAAGAAGCUGUGAUCAUCGGCAUAACUGGUGUAGCUCUCUUUUCAAUAGUGGGUAUAAUUUUUAUAAGGUGCUACAUCAAAAGGCAAAAACGAGAUAACAAAAUUUACCGAUUGAAGCUAUCGCAAAGGGAGAACGGUAGUCGUUACAAUCUUCCUCGACAAUCUGACAUUUGGGAAAUCGAGCGUCGUAAUCUGAUAAUUUACGACGAAGCAAAGCUUGGGUCUGGUGCUUUUGGUGCAGUUUACUUGGGUAGACUUCUUGGUAAAUCACCAGCAAACCGCGAUUCCAAGUCAACUUUAGGUGUGAAUCUAAUGAGAGCGGAAAAUUGUCAGAGGGCAGCAAAAAAGAGUAGUACGUUAACAGCAAAACUUACUUUGAACAUGCAGGCCGUCGCAUGCAUGCUGCAGUUCCCGAUUUCUAGGCUAGUCAACAUGCUGGCAUGUAUCACAGAAUCCGAACCUCUCUACCUUGUUGCCGAGUUUUGUAGCGAUGGUGACCUACUCAAUUUUCUGCGAGAACGUUGCAAAUACAUGAUCAAACUCAAUGCUCAAGGAAUAAACUAUGAUGAUCCAGAGGGCGAUAACUACAACAUCGAUAUGAUAGUCACCUUGAAACAAUUGUUGAUGUUUGCUGUGCAGAUUUCUUAUGGUCUUGAGUACUUAUCUACCAGAGGAUUUAUCCAUCGUGACAUUGCGGCUAGAAAUAUACUCGUUAAUGGGAAAAACUCUUGCAAGAUUGGUGACUUUGGACUUUGCCGGAAUUUGUAUUCGGACAGUUCACUUUAUAGAAGCAAGGGAGGACGUUUACCGCUAAAGUGGAUGUCACCAGAGGCGAUACGACAUUAUGAGUUCUCGACACAGAGUGAUGUCUACGAAGUGAUGGCCGAAUGUUGGCGUUUUGAGCCGGAAAAACGACCGGAUUUCUCAACGAUUCGACAAAAGUUGGCUGCUCAGCUUGAGGAAAUCACGGAAGAGUAUAAUUAUCUCAAGCUAGACAGUAAGAAAGACUACUACAAUGUACAAUAUGCAGAAAAGCCGGAUAUAACAGUCAUUCCCGAGUCGGAGGAAACUAUCUCACCGCCAAAACCACGAGAAGACAGCCAAUCGCUUUCCUUUGAUAGCAUGCAUGGUGAUGACGUCCGAUGGAUCGCCCACGUAAAUAGUGAGACAGAUGAUGCAACCAGGAAAAGAAACUCCCGCACUGUCAGCAUUGCAAAGAAUGUGGAUGACAAUUCAUUUGCAGAGUACGCGUUUUGA